AUGGCCUCCUUACUUGAUCUACCAGCUGAGAUUCGUCUGAUAAUAUACUCACAUUUACUCAAACCGAAUGAAUAUGUGAAGAGCUAUCGAAAGCUGAAGGAUACUUGGUCAACACCGGGCGGUGGUCCUCUUUGCGCUAUUCCUCGACCUUAUGUGAAGCGAUAUACACCAUCCAUUCUGCUCCUCAACAAAAAGAUCACUAUAGAAGCUCUUCACUACCUAUAUCGAAUAUCUCUCAACCUCUACGGCACACCCAGCACAUAUUUCGUCAUGCGUCAGAUGGAUAUUACAGAAUUCAUCAGCGAGCACUAUCUGCAGAGAAUCCAUCAUGGUGUUCUGCGACUAAAUCACGCCAACAAGCAUUUUGUCCUUUCGCUUUUAGACAUAUGGUGUGCCGAGAAUCAGCUGGAGCGACUCGAUGUGUAUCGUCCCAAGACUGAGCUUGACAGUCAGCACUGGAAAGUUGUAGAAAGCAGACUCGGGACCUUCUCGAGUAUGGUCCCCGUUGUAUUCCACGAGGUCGAUGAUCCGUUAAAGGUCAAGGCCUCCAUGGCUAUUUAA